UUGUGUAAGGUCAUCUAAAUAUAAAAAAAUAUGAUUGAAAUAUGCACGUACGUGCAGAAAAGCAGUCAAACGUCAUGAAAUAUAAGAAUUUGGGCUGAUUUAUAAUUAACCAAUCUUAAUUUACUGAGCAAAUUUUCUAGUUGAAAUUACCAUAUAUAAAACGAUUAAGAUUUUUACUGCAAUUUUCGUAUCGGACAUGAUAUUGUAUGAUUAAAAAUAAAAAAGAUAUCCGCGAAUGAAAAUCGGUUGUUCUGAUCGUGGAAAAUAGAUGAUCUAAAAAGCGUGUUCAAAAGAAAAUUAAAGGAAUUGGAUAUAGAAAGAAGCAAGCCAUUUUGACGUUCUAUUAGCUUGGACAAGGCGUUAUAAAAAAGAAAGACUAGGCUACAAAUAAUUGAAAAAAAAAUAAUACAGAUUCCCGACAGGUUCAACAAGGUUCCAGUUUCUAAAAAUAAAAAUUCACGUCACAUGUUGGUUGUAUAGCAACAAUGUACACAGCGCGGAAAAUUAACAUGGCUUCCCGUGACGGCGAAAGUGACAGUGAUUCAUCCGACGACGAUUUGUACAGCAGUUCUGCGGGUUCAGACAUUAACAUUGAUGAUUCUUUAGAUUCUUUUUCAUCUGAUACGGAUGAGGAUGAUGAUCCGAACUCCCAGUCGUCUUUAGAGACUUUCUCUAGUCAGAUCAGCGAUUCAGAGGGUCCCGGUUUUUGGUCCAGCGAAUUGCAUCCCGUGUCGGUCGCACCGUUCUCAGAGGAAACCGGUCCAAGUCACGAUUUGACGCCGAAUGACAACAUUUUGAGCUACUUCUUUUUGAUGGUAUCGGAGGUUUUCUUUGAGAGAGUGUCCAAUGAAACCAACAGGUACGCUGCUCAGGAAUUCGAGAAAAGAGGUCACCGUGACGCGGAUUGGAUUGACACUUCUCCUCAGGAAAUCAAGGCGUAUUUUGGCCUGCACAUCCUUAUGGGCACCAACCAGCUUCCAAGUGCAGAUAUGUACUGGUCACAAAACAAGUUCUUAGGAAACCAAGGAUUCAAAGACACUAUGAGUAGGAGCCGUUUCCGGAGAUUGACAGAGUAUCUACACUUGAAUGACAAUACAACUCAAGGCCCUGUGGGAUCUCCUGAGUAUGACUGGCUUCACAAGAUACGCCCAUUGAUAGAGAUGACUCGGAGAAAUUUCCAGAGGUAUAUGAUGCCUGGACAGUGUCAGAGCAUAGAUGAGGGGAUGAUGCGCUACAAAGGUCAUUACUUCGCAAAGCAGUAUACACCAUGA